AUGCCCCAAGGAAUUAACAAUCCAUUUAGUACCUCUUUGCAAAGCGACUGCAAAAAGGCCAUCAAAAUCCUAGAAUCGUUUAUUAAUGUAGAUAACCCAAGCAGCACAGCCAAGGCAAUUCUUCGAGAUGCGCAGGGACUUAUCAUUUUCACCGCAUUCAAAGCAGGAUUCAUGGGCUCGGCGCGAUUUGGAUCCGGCAUUAUUGUCGCACGGCUUGAUGAUGGAAGCUGGUCUCCACCAUCGUCUAUCAACAUCGGCGGCGUAGGGUUUGGCGGCCAGCUUGGCUUUGAAUUCACAAACUUCGUUUUUGCUGUGCCAGACAAAUCUUCCGUACGCACCUUUUGCCAAAUCGGAAGUCUGACCUUGGGGACCAAUGCAUCCCUGGCUCUAGGAAUUACAGGUCGAAGCGGCGAGGCCGGAUUAGGUGCAAAUUGGCGUGGAGUAGGGUCGAUGCUCACGUUGUCCAAGACAAACGGCCUAUUCGGAGGCAUCAGUGUCGAGGCGGGAACUUUUAUCGAAGGCCGAGGGUCGAAUAAGAAGUUUUACAAAUACAAAGUCACCGCUGCUCAGAUCCUGAGCGGAGAGGUAGAACCGCCGCUGGAGGCAGAUGCACUGUUGCGGACUUUGGCCUCGAUUGAGUUUCGGUCGACUCGCCAGCAAACUGGUCCGCAGCAAUCAAUUCAACAACCGCAUCCUGGCAUGGUAGAGAUGUCCGCCGGGUCUGAGAGCCAACAGCCUUUAGAGUUACCUAGCCUAGAAGGUCCGCGACAACUACCGAGUGAAUUGCAUGGGCAAUAUAACCCUCACGCCCAAGCAGCUGAGCUACCCUCUCUACCGAUUGUUUCACACCGACAUAAUGACCCUCUAGCCAAAGCUGUCAAGCUGCCCCAUUCACCAGCCAACUCACAAGGAUUGCUUUUUGGUUCGGGGCAACUAUUUUGGCUACAACAUAUUAUUUUAUUCGCAAUGGAUUCUCCAAUUUCACAACCACUGACAUUAAAAUGCGGCCUGGAAUUGAAGAAUCGCCUCGUGAAGGCCGCCAUGGCCGAACUAAUGGCCGAUAAAAAUGGACUGCCGGCAGAAGCAAGCGACAAAAUAUACGCGGCAUGGGGACGGGGAGAAUGGGGAAUGGUAUUGACAGGAAAUGUUCAAGUUGACGCGGCACAUCUUGGGACCGCCCAGGAUAACACAGUCAACCCAAAGAUAGAGGAAGAGUUACUCAGCCGAUGGAAAUCCUGGGCUUCUGUAUGCACACAAAAUGGGACACCCACUGUCAUGCAGAUCAACCAUCCUGGACGCCAGUCGCCCAUUGGAGCCGGAUCACGAAGCAUCUUCUCCAAAACCAUUGCCCCGAGCCCCGUUCCUAUGGAUUUGGGCAACGGACUUAUAGCUAGGGCCGCCAGUGCCAUGGUCUUUGGUUGCCCUCGACAGAUGACACAGACUGAUAUCGACAACGUCAUCCAACAGUUUGCGCAUACGAGUCGUCUGGCCGCCAAGGCUGGGUUCCAGGGCGUCGAGAUACAUGCGGCGCAUGGUUAUCUUCUCGCGCAGUUUUUGUCAGCUCACACAAACCGUCGAACGGAUUCAUACGGAAACUCAGCGGCAGGACGGGCAAAGAUCGUCGUGGAGGUUAUCAAGGCCAUUCGAGGAUCAGUGUCCGACAAAGGGUUUUGUAUCGGAAUCAAGUUGAACUCGGUGGAUCACCAGUCAGCCAAAGAGCUUAAAGAGUGCGUCGAGCAGCUCAAGCUGAUUGUUGAAGCUGGUGUGGACUUUGUGGAAAUCAGCGGCGGAACAUAUGAGAAUACCACGAUGUUUCAAGACAUUUCGUCUCCUCCAUCAGAAAAGUCAGCUCGCACAGUCGCCCGAGAGGCCUUUUUCCUCGAAUUUGCCGAGACCAUUCGCGACCAAUUUCCAGACACCCCCUUGAUGGUCACUGGAGGCUUCCGUACGCGCGGUGGCAUUACCGAGGCCGUCCAAGGUGGUGGCUGCGACUUGGUCGGCAUUGGACGACCGGCUGUCCUGAACCCAGCUCUGCCCAAGGAGGUGUUGUUCAACCCGGCCGUGUCAGAGGAGGACUCACGACUGAUAACUCGGUCAGUUGCGCCAUCAAGGCUGGCCAGUUGGACAGGCAUCAAGGCAGUGGGGUCUGGUGCGGAGAGUAUGUGGUAUAGUAAACAGAUGCGAAAGGUGGACAGUGUUAUUUGA